AUGCCUACAGUCUUAUAUUGUCAAAAUCUAAAUCCCAUUCAGCAUAGUGAUAAAAAUGAAUUACAUCAAAUUGGCUCUGGAUUUUGGAAUGUUCGUGGUCGUUUUAAAAUUCUCGCUAAACUAGUUGAUAUUGAAACACACAUGUCAUUUAUUCAAUUACAUAGCGGAAAAUUUCUUGUUAUCGAUACAAUUGAACUCAAUGAUAAACUUCGACAAGAAAUUAAUCAUUUAACAGAUAAUGGAGACAAAAUUGAAGCUGUAAUAGGUACACAUCCAUUUCAUACUUUAUCAUUCCCAGCGUUCUACGAAUCAUAUCCAAAUGCAGCUUAUUAUGGAACACCAAGACAUUUACGUCGAUUAACACAUAUUCCAUGGAUUGGAAAUCUUCAUGAUUGUGAUGUGAGAAAAAAAUGGGAACCAGAUGUAGAAUUGCGUUUCCCGGCAGGUGCCGAAUUUAUUAAUCCACAACCUGAAUCAUCGAAUCAUUUUUCAAGUGUCUUUGUCUACCAUCGAGCAUCUGCUACUCUUCACGUUGAUGAUACAAUUAUUUAUGCAGAAAAGUCUAAUUUUUUACUCAAAUUAUUUGGUUAUAAAGAUGGUACUAUGGCUUUUCAUCCAUCAAUCAAGAAUGUUGGUCUUCAUCCGACAAGUGAUGCUCCAUAUUUAUUUCGUGACUGGAUGCGGGAUAUGUUGAAUGAUUGGCCUUUUGAAAAUAUUUGUUGUGCUCAUAUGGGUGUUAAAAAAGGUGGAGCACAUAGAGACGUUUUCACACUUCUUGUUAAAGCAGAACGUUUAUUUGGGAAAUUAAGCGAAAGAAAUCGUAAACGAAAUCCCGAAGGUGAACUGCCGACAGGCAACCAUCAUACUAUGAAUAUUCUUGAAGAUGAAUGUGGAUAG